GACGCACAUGAUACUUAUUUAAUAUCUGCAUCUACCGUACCAUACAACGUCUUGCAUCUGUUUUAUAACUCGAGAUCACACUGUCAAGAAACACAGAAGUGGUGGUGGAUUGUUUGCGAUCCGCACACGACACUACCUGCUCUGGACCAUUGAACGCAUUUUAAUUCUAUUCUUCUACCUACUCUGGAACAUCGAGCAAGCACAAAUUCAUCAUCAUCACUCCACUUCAAUCGCAGCCAUGACAGUUGAACCAAAAGACCUCUCCAGCACCCUCAGCAACCUCACCAUCAAACCCACCUCCAAAGCCAAAAAACCCACAACCCUCGCCGAUUCCUGGGAAGACGACGCCUCCUCGGGCUCCGACACCGAAACCGAAACCGACACGGCUCAGCCCUCAUCAACAGAAAACCCACUAUCCCCCACCUCCUCUUCAUUCCCGUCCGCACCACCACCUACCCCUAUUUCUCCCCCUCCACCCAACGAACACUUUCCGCCUCCUCCAUCUUCCUCUUCCUCUUCUGCACAAGAAUUCGAGAAUCCAUAUGGCUACCCGGGCCCGUCAUCCUCCUCUCCCAACUCUGCGCGGGGCCCAGAACGCAGACAGGAAAAAACUGACGCGGUAGCUCGACGACUCAUAGCAGGUGCAUUAGGUGUUCGCGCACCGAAGAAAACUGAGGAACAGAGGGAAUAUGAACGGGUACAAAAGGAAAAGGAGAUGAAGAGGAGGAAGGAAGAGAGAGAGGAGGAAGAAAGGAGGAGGGAAGAGGCAGAGAAAAUAAAGAAAGGCGUGUGGGAUGAUUAGUUUGGUUCAUUGGGAAAUGCACGAGAGAAGUACGGAGGAGAAUGAUAGAAGAAGGGCUGGGGGAUAAGACGGCUCUGAUUUGGGAGUUAUAAGCACGAAAUAUAGAGCUUAGAAGUAAGAGGUGGAUUAUGCACACAUAUCUUACCCCCUCAGGCAAUCUACGCCGAGGUGCAACAUCCAUCGAAUGUGUGCAUAUAUAGAUGCAUAAGUCACGUCUACAGAGCAGCGAGGCCAUGUUAAUUUAGGCCACCAGUUUUGUAACAACCAAGAAUUAUAUUCUUCA